GUUUAAAAAUCCAUUCAAUAGAGAGUCCCUGAAAUAUUUUCAUCCAUUCAAGAAACACGGUUCAGAAGAUCUCAUGAUUCAUUACAUAGUUGCUUCCAAUAUACUGGUUUUUUUGUUUUGGAAACUUGCCGAAAUGAAUGCUAUUGAAUACAGAAAUCCUACUUAUUUAAAUUUUCUAUCAAGGAAUUUUGUUGUCAGUAUUGAGAACGUGAAGGAUGGGAGGUGGUGGAAUGUUGUAACUUGCGCUUUUAGUCAUAAGGACUUGGAUCAUUUGAUUGUGAAUAUGUUCGUUUUAUGGGGAUUUGGUAGACAGAUUCUUGAAAUGUUGGGUAGAAGACAAUUCUUGUUCAUUUAUUUUGGAUCCGCUUUAUCAGCUUCCCUAAGUUAUCUAUUAUAUACUAAUCAUACUCGUAAAAGAAAAUCAUCCGCCUCGUAUAAUGAAAAAGUUUAUAGAAGGCACUACAUUGGAAGCAUGGGCGCUUCAGGAAGCUUAAUGGCAUUAUCUACAAUAUUUGCUUGCACAUUUCCAAAUGCAACAUUUCUUGUAUUUUUUGUAAUUCCUGCACCUGCAAUUGUGGUUGUAGGUUUAUACGCUCUUUAUGACAUUUAUAGAGCUUGGACUGUAUCACAUGAGCUAGAAACUAUACAAAGCUUUGGAGAGGAAGAUUCUAAAUAUCUGUAUGUGUUAAAACAGUAA